AUGUCGGCCAAGCCAUCAGGGUCCCGCUGGGCCAGCACAGAGGAGGAUGCAGCAAUCGAGGCCAGAAUUAGAAAGGAAAAGGAAGAAAAGCGGCGGCGCAAAGCAGAAAAAGCGCGAAAGCUAGAGGAGCAGAAGCAAGCGGCAGUGGCGGCAGCGGCAGCAGCAAGAGUAAACGGCGACGACGACGACGACGAAGAUGGCCGGCCAUCGAAGCGACGCAAAAUCACACCAGACCCGACAAAGCCUUCCAAGGCCAACGAUGACGCGCCAAUCAAGCUCCUGCGGUUCGAGGCGGACGGGUGGCACAAGAGCCGCAGCGUGGAGAGGUACGACAAGCUCAACGACAUUGAGGAGGGCACGUACGGGUGGGUGGCACGGGCGAUAGACACCUCGACGGGCAAGGUGGUGGCGCUGAAGCGGCUCAAGCUCGACCCGGCCGACAGAGGGGGCCUGCCGGUCACGGGGCUGCGCGAGAUCCAGAUCCUCAGAGACUGCAAGAACCGCAACGUUGUGUCCCUAGAGGAGGUGGUCAUGGGUGAUGAUGAGACGAGACUUGACAGGCGUCGUCGCCACGAGCCCAAUGCCCCCGUACGCGGCGAGGCAGCCGUUUCACUAGACGAUGCGGACUUCACUGGAAUAUUUCAGGGUCGCGAUAAGGAGGAGAAGGGGGCGGGAUUCUCUCUACGUAUGGUGUGA